GGAAGUAACGGGGCACCGGGCAAGAUGGCAGCGCCCGUGAGGGCCAGGUUUGUGGUCGUAGGAGGGGGAAUUUCUGGAGUGACCUGCGCAGAGCAGCUUGCGGCUCAGUUUCCCUCGGAUGAUAUAUACCUGAUUACAGCGUCUCCGCUAAUUAAGGCAGUGACCGGUUUAAAGCAGGUCUCCAGGAUUCUAGAAGAAUUUGAAGUUAAGGAGCAAAAGUCCACAGAGUUGGAAAAGCUUUAUCCGAACAUUAAAGUGGUGCAGGCGGCAGCGCGGGAGCUGAGGAGCGCGGAGCGGAAAAUCAUCACCGAAGAUGGAGCUCAGUUUAUAUACGAGAAACUCUGCGUUUGUGCCGGCGCCAAACCGAAGCUAAUCGUCGAAGGAAAUCCGUACAUGCUGGGUAUACGCGACACAGACAGCGCGCAGGAGUUCCAGAAACAUCUCUCCAAAGCCAAGCGGGUCGUGGUUGUGGGGAAUGGCGGCAUCGCUCUGGAACUGGUGUAUGAGGUAGAAGGCUGUGAGGUCGUUUGGGCCAUAAAGGACAAAGCCAUCGGAAACACGUUUUUUGAUGCCGGAGCCGCAGAGUUUCUCAUCACGCAGCUAAAGUCUGAAAAACCGAAGUCCCCUCUCACAUGUAAGAGAACCAGGUAUUCAACGGACAAAGCGGCCGGAAGAGAAGAUACCCAAGUUGGCAGCGCUCUUGGUCCCGACUGGCACGAAGGCUUGAACCUUAAAGCCGGGGGAGAGUUUUCUCACCGCGUUCACAUUGAGCCACAAUGUGGGGUGCAGCGGAUUUUACUGCAAGAGGAAUUUGAGCGUUUAAACAUAACAGCCUCAUGUCCCCCAAGCCAGGGACACGGCCCCUCUCCAGAAGCCGCAACGUGGCCGGUGUACGUUCAGCUAAACAACGGGAAGACAUACGGUUGUGACUUCGUUGUCAGCGCUACCGGAGUUGUGCCGAAUGUCGAGCCUUUUAUCUGCGGCAAUAAUUUUGAUUUAGGGGACGAUGGAGGUCUGAAGAUCGAUGAGCACAUGCGCACGUCUCUGCCUGAUGUCUAUGCCGCCGGUGAUGUCUGCACGGCUUCCUGGAAACCAAGCCCCCUGUGGCAGCAGAUGAGGUUGUGGACUCAGGCCCGGCAGAUGGGCUGCUAUGCUGCUAAAUGUAUGGCAGCCGAGCUCCAGCAAGAGACCAUCGACAUGGAUUUCUGCUUCGAACUCUUUGCUCACGUCACCAGGUUCUUUAACUAUAAGGUGAUCUUGUUGGGUAAAUACAACGCCCAGGGUCUGGGUACGGACCACGAGUUGAUGGUGAGAUGCACGAAAGGCUUGGAAUACGUGAAAGUCGUAAUGCAGAACGGACGGAUGAUGGGCGCCGUCCUCAUCGGGGAAACGGAUCUGGAAGAAACCUUUGAAAACUUGAUUUUAAACCAGAUGGAUCUUUCAAUUUACGGAAAAGACCUUUUAGAUCCCAACAUUGAUAUUGAAGAUUAUUUUGAUUAAGAACGUUUUGUUUGUAACCUUUUGUGGAAAGAAAAAUUAUUAUUAUUGUGGAUAAAAUCCAACUACUGCGACUUUAGCGACGGCUGGCAGGCAGUUCUGUUACACGGACUCCAAUUCUCUAAGUAGCAAAGGGGCUGCUUCCAUGCGUGCGAUGCUCUGAUGGGGAACUUUAUUUUGUUCUGUGGAGAGUUAUAUUUAUUUUUUUUUCCCCCUUUUAAAAUCAGCAGAAAUCACGGAAGCUGGUAGCUUUUUUUUUUUUUUUAUGUAUAUAUAAAAAUAUUCAGAACUCAAUUGCCAUUUUCUUUCAAAACUAUAAAUAUGGCUCUGCAUAACGCCAUUAAAUGAGACGGUUUAACAAAA